AGCUGGUAUAAGUACAGAGGGUACUGGGGGGGCUUAGCCCCCAAGGAAGAAGACCAGCCCUACCCAAGUGCCACCAUCAAGACUGCAGAAGCUCCCUCUUCCACAGACUGGACUGACUUAGGUGAUCCCAGAUGAUGACAGAAAAGGAGGUGCUGGAGUCCCCUAAGCCCUCCUUCCCAGCAGAGACUCGGCAAAGUGGGCUACAGCGGCUGAAGCAGUUGUUCAGGAAGGAGUCUACAGGGACAAAGGAGAUGGAGCCGCUCCCAGAGCCCCAGGCCAAUGGGGAGGCUGUGGGAGCUGGGGGUGGGCCCAUCUACUACAUCUAUGAGGAAGAAGAGGAGGAGGAGGAGGAAGAGGAACCACCCCCAGAACCUCCUAAGCUUGUCAAUGAUAAGCCCCACAAAUUCAAAGAUCAUUUCUUCAAGAAGCCCAAGUUCUGUGAUGUCUGUGCCCGGAUGAUUGUGCUCAACAACAAAUUUGGGCUUCGCUGUAAGAACUGCAAAACUAACAUCCACGAACACUGUCAGUCCUACGUGGAGAUGCAGAGAUGCUUUGGCAAGAUCCCCAUGUCUUCAAGAAGGGGUGAGCACUCAUGGGAGAGAUGGGGUUCUGGGCCCCACUUUGCUCUCGCUAAUGCUUUUUCCCCAUCCCGUCCUACCCUACAGCCCCCUGGUUUCCGUCGGGCCUAUAGCUCCCCACUCUACAGCAACCAGCAGUACGCUUGUGUCAAAGAUAUCUCUGCUGCCAAUCGUAAUGACCCUGUGUUUGAAACCCUGCGCACUGGGGUGAUUAUGGCAAACAAGGAACGGAAGAAGGGACAGGCAGAUAAGAAAAAUCCUCUAGCAGCCAUGAUGGAAGAGGAGCCAGAGUCUGCCAGACCAGAGGAAGGCAAACCGCAGGAUGGAAACCCUGAAGGGGCUAAGAAGGCUGAAAAGAAGACACCUGAAGACAAACACAAACAGCCUGGCUUCCAGCAGUCUCAUUACUUUGUUGCUCUCUAUCGGUUCAAAGCUCUGGAGAAGGACGACCUGGAUUUCCCGCCUGGAGAGAAGAUCACAGUCAUUGAUGACUCCAAUGAGGAGUGGUGGCGGGGGAAAAUAGGGGAGAAGGUCGGAUUUUUCCCUCCAAACUUCAUCAUUCGAGUCCGCUCUGGAGAACGUGUGCACCGGGUAACAAGAUCCUUCGUGGGGAACCGUGAGAUAGGCCAGAUCACUCUCAAGAAGGACCAGAUCGUGGUGCAGAAAGGAGAUGAAGCAGGCGGCUACGUCAAGGUCUACACUGGCCGUAAGGUGGGGCUGUUCCCCACAGACUUCCUGGAGGAGAUUUAAGUGUGCAGGCGCCUGCUGGCGGGAGAUACCCAUGCCCCAUUCUGGGCAGGCCCAGUGGAGGUUGAAGAGGAAAGGGGCGAAAGCAACUAUACUAUUGGGUAGGGGAGGGGUGGGAAGGCCCGCCAGAGCGUGACGGGGCUCUAGCGGGCAGGAUCCUGCCCCCUCCCCCAACCUAGGGCGUCAGAUAACUGGAGCCCAGAGCAACCUCCCCCGAAACCCUUCAGGUCCAGCCUUUGAGAACUGGAAAAAGAAAGAAUGCGUCUCCACUAGGAGGCGCCCUGAGGGUGCGAGGGUGCGAGGGUGGGUGGGAGGCGAACUGUUGAACGUUGCAAAUUUAUUAAAGUUUUGGCAAAAGUUAGAAAA